AUGUCAACAACACGUCAGAAGCGGUAUUCCAUCAAUUUUUCGGCCCCGGCAUCACCGAUUUCACCAUCUGUGUCGAGAUUUCCAUCCGAAACUCUAGGUGGAUUGUCUCAGGGCACCAGGCCCUGCUCAUCCAGAACACAGUCCGCUCGCCCUUCAUCCGCCUAUGGGCUGGAUCUGGGCCGUUCGCAUUCACAGCGAAGUGCCUCCUCUAAAUCAUUCUAUCGGGUUCGUGCCGAUCAACAGAACAUUUCACUGGAUUCAUUAACAGACUCGUCUUCAAUCAAGUUACUUCUGAUUGGAGAUGCAGCCGUGGGCAAGACGGCCAUGAUUUUAAGCUACUGCAAUGAGCUUCCGACCAGGUCACAGGCCACCAUAAUCAAGAAAGGAAGCAGUCCCAGGUACCCUGCGCAGAUACCGCAAAGAAACAAACGGCUACAAAACCUGAAAACGAUCGAUAAGCGAAAGCGAUACAGCUUGAACGACUACGAGGAACUGUUUAACAGCACUGUGCCAACUAUGAAGAGUCCCUCAAUAUCCGAGGAGACACAGCUGGAUUCGGCUAAAGGUGAGGGCGCCGACCCAAACGAAAUCAUAAUAGAUACAAGAAGCACAAUAGGAGUGGACAUCCGUACAAAUGUCGUCAACAUUGACAACCGCUAUUUUAAAGUCACUAUGUGGGAUACUGCUGGCCAGGAACGCUACAGAAACGCUAUGAUUCCGUCAUUGUACAAGGGCUCCCACGGCGUUUUACUGAGUUACGAUAUCUGCAACAAGAGAAGUUUCGAGCAGUGUUUGGACUAUUGGCUCGAAGAGGUUCUCAACUGCUGCUCUCAGGACCAAUCCAUGCGAAUUUAUCUGGUCGGUAACAAAAUCGAUCUGUACAAGGUCAGGCAAGUAACUCACGAGGAUGUGUUGCAAUUCAUCGAUCGGGCCAAGCAGAAAUUCGGCGUAAAAAUUGCGGGCAAUUUUGAAGUGAGCUGUAAAUGGCAUCAAGUGGUCGAGCGUACUUUUAACAUCAUAAUUAAGGAUCUCGUCGAACAAGGCUGUUAUGAAAAUGAUAAUACUGUUAAAGAGGAGUCUCCCGAAUCCGAUCAGGGUCCUUCAUGCGGCUCAGGACAUCCUGGAGGCACAACACCAUGGACAGAAACCGAGAGAAGAGGCUCCACAAUUAUUCGAAGAAGAGCCACGGAAAGUGUGAGGGAAAGAUCAAAGGAGAAAGCUCACACCGUGGAUCUUACAAAACCGCAAGAUACGGACAGUAGGACAGGUGGCUCACGCUGUUGCGUUUGA